GCGAUGAGCGCGCGGUUCUUGCGAGCCUGGCGGGGCGGGUGGGGUAGGGGUCGCGCGACCGCCGCGGGGGAGGCCCCGAGGCGCGAAAAGCCCCCCUGGCGAAUCCUCUUCUUUGGCACCGAUCACUUCUCCGCAGAGAUCCUCCGAGCGCUCCAGGCAGCCCGAGUGCCAAGGCCAGAUCAGAUUGUGGAUCACCUGGAGGUGGUAACCUUGCCCCCCAGUCACUCAAAGGUACUCCCUGUGAAGAAGUAUGCAGAGCAGCUGCAGCUCCCCAUCCACAUCUGGCCUGAUGUAGGGGCACGGGAGAAUUUUGACGUUGGCGUGGUGGCAUCAUUUGGACGUCUGCUUAGUGAGGACCUCAUCCGAAAGUUCCCCUAGUAAGAAUUUUCACACACACACACAAAAAACCCCUCACUUUCUUAGUGUAUUUAUCACACAACUAUUUCUGGCUUUUAGAGUAAAGGAAAGGCUUUCUUCUGUAACGUUUGAUUAUAUACAGGGGUGGAAGGGCCAGGUUCUUUAUGACAAUUCCUG